UCAUACCUUAAGUUUUAGUUGUGAAGAAUCUUCGCUCACUUUUUUUCUUUUGAGAUCCAUUCCAAAACUAUUUUUCUAAAUUAAAUUAUUUCCCAAGUUCGUUGAACAUCAUGGAGUACAAUUACAGAAACGUUUCAGCUGUUCAAUUCGUCAAGAAUGUGAAAUGUCAUUGGACCGUCGAAAAUGUGGCAGACUUUUUGGAGAAUAGGCUGCCGCAUUUGGAUUUCAGUGUGGACACUUGGAGUUAUCAGAGGAAAACUGCCUUAGAAUUAUUGGUAGGUGACAAGACUCGUCAUAGUUCCAGGGACAAGUUAGUGAUGUGCCUUCUUCUGAAGCAUGGAGCAAAUCCUUUGAAAUGUAGGAGCAGGGAAACCAUUAUGCAGAGGAUUUUACGACAUAAGGAUUCUGCCUUGAUCAUCAACUUUCUUAUGUUCGUGAAAGAUAUAAACAUUUUUCAUGGAGGAAGUACUGCCUUACAUAUCGCCGUUAGUAGAAGAUUGAAAGACGUGGUGAAAUAUAUUAUCAGAAGGAACGAGUUAAAUAUAAACAUGAGGACGAAUGGAAAAUGGACAGCUUUACACGAAGCUACAAAAGCAGGAAGGCUUGAUAUCAUUAAAACCCUCCUGGACAAUGGGGCGGACGUAGAGGCCAGAGAUGAAGCUGGGCAAACUCCACUGCAUUGGGCUGUCAGAUUCCAUUCUUCCAUGGAUCUAGUCAAGACACUGGUUGAAAGCGGAGCGGAUGUUAACUCGAAGGAUGAAUAUGGAUGUACACCCCUGCAUAUCCUCUGUACUAAAAGAGCAGGAGUGAAUAUGGAUAUAUUUGAUCUCCUGCUCCAAAAAAUGGACAAUCCAAAUACAGAGGACUCAAAGGGAUCUACACCAAUUCAUAACCUGAUGAGACUCUUACCAGUCAAUUCCCUGCCUAGAAAUAAGAAGCUCGUAGAAUUAUUUUUGAAAUAUGGUGGAAGCUUGAACAAGGAAGACGGUAUAUUUGGUACCGUGCUUCACGUGGCAGCUUGUUCAAACCAUUCUGCGAAUUUUUUGAUGUUCCUUAUGGAAAAGGGAGCCUAUGCGUGCAUUUUGAAUGGGGCAAACUCAACGUUCUUGGACUACAUUAUACGGAGCGAUAGGAAGAAAGUGAAAGAAAUCGUGAAAAAUAUGAUUGUCCAGGAGUUCAAGGGAAGAUUCGAUUUGGAUCCCCUACUUUUGAAUUGCGUGAGGACAGACCGUGAAAUCAAUGAAUAUGUGAGGUCGUCUGUUCAAUUCGUCAAGAAUGUGAAAUGUCAUUGGACCGUCGAAAAUGUGGCAGACUUUUUGGAGAAUAGGCUGCCGCAUUUGGAUUUCAGUGUGGACACUUGGAGUUAUCAGAGGAAAACUGCCUUAGAAUUAUUGGUAGGUGACAAGACCCGUCAUAGUUCCAGGGACAAGUUAGUGAUGUGCCUUCUUCUGAAGCAUGGAGCAAAUCCUUUGAAAUGUAGGAGCAGGGAAACCAUUAUGCAGAGGAUUUUACGACAUAAGGAUUCUGCCUUGAUCAUCAACUUCCUUAUGUUCGUGAAAGAUAUAAACAUUUUUCAUGGAGGAAGUACUGCCUUACAUAUCGCCGUUAGUAGAAGAUUGAAAGACGUGGUGGAAUAUAUUAUCAGUAGGAACGAGUUAAAUAUAAACAUGAGGACGAAUGGAAAAUGGACAGCUUUACACGAAGCUACAAAAGCAGGAAGGCUAGAUAUCAUUAAAACCCUCCUGGACAAUGGGGCGGACGUAGAGGCCAGAGAUGAAGCUGGGCAAACUCCACUGCAUUGGGCUGUCAGUUUCCAUUCUUCCAUGGAUCUAGUCAAGACACUGGUUGAAAGCGGAGCGGAUGUUAACUCGAAGGAUGAAUAUGGAUGUACACCCCUGCAUAUCCUCUGUACUAAAGGAGCAGGAGUGAAUAUGGAUAUAUUUGAUCUCCUGCUCCAAAAAAUGGACAAUCCAAAUACAGAGGACUCAAAGGGAUCUACACCAAUUCAUAACCUGAUGAGACUCUUACCAGUCAAUUCCCUGCCUAGAAAUAAGAAGCUCGUAGAAUUAUUUUUGAAAUAUGGUGGAAGCUUGAACAAGGAAGACGGUAUAUUUGGUACCGUGCUUCACGUGGCAGCUUGUUCGAACCAUUCUGCGAAUUUUUUGAUGUUCCUUAUGGAAAAGGGAGCCUAUGCGUGCAUUUUGAAUGGGGCAAACUUAACGUUCUUGGACUACAUUAUACGGAGCGAUAGGAAGAAAGUGAAAGAAAUCGUGAAAAAUAUGAUUGUCCAGGAGUUCAAGGGAAGAUUCGAUUUGGAUCCCCUACUUUUGAAUUGCGUGAGGACAGACCGUGAAAUCAAUGAAUAUGUGAGGUCGUGUAAGAUUGAACUCUGCUUACUUAAUGGCCGUCAACUGGGGAACGAAAAACAAGUAUCCUUAUUCACGGUCUUGUCCUCGGAUGACAGAACCCUGGCAAAUAUUUUCAGAAAUGCUCUUACCAGGAACGAAAUGGCCAAAUUUCAUAGGCGAAAAUUUCCUAUGUUCAAGAAAAAAAUUCCUAUUUAUGGGCGGAAUUUGAUUUGUAACUAUAAACUUGGUUUGAAAAGGAUGCAGUCUGAAAAUAUUUUUCACGAUUUCUUAACACGAAUCGGUGGAAACGAUCUGAGCAUUUACUCAGUGGAAGAAAUAAUAAGACUUUGUCCUACUGAGGAAAUGAUUAAACUGAAACCGAUUUCAUUCCAACGGUCUGCUCCUAUAAAGAGUUUGAUCACUGAAAGAGUAGCGAAUUUCCAAAAUCACAACGCGGACAAUUUUGUAAGGAAUAUUUUAUUCAGUAUUCAUUUGUAUAUUUUCGUUUAUCUUAUUACCAUUUCUUUCAAAUCUGACAUUUAA